UAUUGGCCUCUUAACUCACCUGGUUGUUGAUGUUGAUUUAUUUUGAUUUAGUUAAUUUUGUUUACAUUUUCUUCAUGAUUAACAUGCUCAUAGUUGUCUUAUAAUCAACAAUUAACAAGAAAUGUCUAAUUUUUUCAAUAUCGUCUCUGGUACUAGUGGACUUUGGAGCAGCGAUUUAUCAAAUGGUGAAGCUUAUCAGUCUUUUCGAGCCAGUAUACCACAGAGAAAGGUUGUAGUUGAUGCCGAUGGUCUCAAGUCCUGGACACUUUACGAUGCUGGGCCUAAAGAGAUUACCUGUCCUUUGAUUUUUCUUCCUCCCGUUUCCGGAAUAGCAGAUAUUUUCUUCCAACAGAUCACUUUUCUAAGCAAGAUGGGUUAUCGUGUAAUCUCCGUUGAAUAUCCAGUCUAUUGGUCACUCAGAGAAUUUGUCUAUGGGUUUUUUAGACUCAUUGAACAUCUUCAACUGGAUAAAGUUCAUGUUUUUGGUGCUUCUCUUGGUGGUUUCUUGAUACAAAAAUUUGCCGAGCUUACGUCAAGAUUUCCUCGUGUCCAGUCAUUUAUACUAUGCAACAGUUUCGCGGACACAGCAAUAUUUCAUCACACAGAUUCUGCAAUGUUAUUCUGGAUGAUGCCGCCGAUUAUAUUGAAAAGGAUGAUCAUGGGAAACCGAUCAUUGGCAAUACAGACCCGGGAUAAAACCAUCCAAGAUUCAAUUGAUUUCAUGAGUGAACGACUGGAAAGCCUGACACAACAAGAAUUAGCCUCCAGGCUGACAAUCAAUUGUGUCAGCUCUUACGUUGAUCCUAAUGAGUUACGAAAAAUUCCUAUUACAAUUUUAGAUGUUUUUGACAAGUGUGCAAUUAGUGAACGGGUGAAACAAGAGCUCUACAGAAUGUAUCCCACCGCUAAGCGAGCACAUUUAAAGACUGGGGGCAAUUUUCCCUAUCUAAGUAGACCCGAUGAGGUUAAUAUGCAUAUUGUGAUUCACCUACGACAAUUUGAAGGUACCCGUUUCUCAGCUAAACUUGAAUCAACCAAAUCGAUUGACAAUUUGUCACCUUCCCACUUACUACCCGAAAAUGGAUCUACAAGUAACGAGCUUAAUAGUGACAAUUUGGACGAGGAUCAAGAAAACUGUAAAAAUGAACCAAACCAGGAGAAUAAGAUAAAUCAAGAAGCUCAAUUAAAAGGAAAAGAUGAUUUCCAAUAUGAAGAUGAUUACAACGAGGAGAAAGGUUUACUCUAUGAUGUCUCAUGACUAGCACUGCCUCCGGCAUCAUUAUCAUCCUCAUCUUCAUUAUUACCAUACCCGUUACGACGCCGACAACGAUAUGAACAAAUUAAACUCAAAUCGAAGCAGUUAAAUCCUUCAUCUGAAAUUUGAAUCUAUUCAUCAAGUUUAUACACAUAAAUGAUUAGAAUUAUAGUUUUGUUAAUUAAUAGAUGAUAGUUUUAACUUUUCGACAAGUUGAUCGUGAGAUUAUUAUUGGCAUCAUUUAACCAUAAAUUUGAUACAUUUUUAGAUUAUCAACAAUCAAAGAAAGAGAGAGAGAGAAAACAAAAGUUACAAUUUAUUAAUCGAAUGUGCCUCAACAUUUCCAAUUGAGAAAAUCAAUCAAUUACUAACAAUUUUCUUAAUCAAUCUAUUUUCUAGCACAAUCAAUUGUACACUUAUAUUAUUGAAAAUUAAUGUUUCUUCAGAUUGAUUGUGAAAAAUAUGAUCAAAACAAUCAACACAAUCAACAGUAUUCAUUCAUAUUGAUUCAUAUAAAUCAACCAACUGGAUUGGAAUCAAUUGUAUUCAGUAUUGUCCAUUAACCUUAACCUAUGCCUGAUUAUUAACUAUCACCCAAGAUAAUUGUCAUUGAAUCAUCAUCACCAACAUCACCAACAUCAUCAUCAUCAUCAUCACCCUGAUUUAUAUUAUCAUGCUGUUUGCUAACGACAACAAUUAAUUUACCUCCUGAUGUGAAGAGGUUACAAAGAAAAUUAAUCAACUUGAUCAACGGUUAAUGAACAAAGGACUGAGAGAAACAAGUAACUACAAUGAAAAAUUGAUUAAAUGAUUAAGUCCAUUGUGAUUUAUUAUUCCGAUAGUAAAAAAAACAUGAUGAAUUAAUCAAAUCAAUUCUAA